AUGAUAGAUAACAUCGCCUAUUUCUUCAUAUCUCCAGUCAAUGCUUUGGGCAAGCAUCAAGUAUGCGGUCAGGUUCUUUUUCAGACGAUCAGACGCUCUCUCAUCCCUCCAAUGCAAGUGCCUGGUCGAGGCAAAUCUGGUCUUGGUCUGGCUGGGCACCAGCAGACGGAGUCAUCUCCGGCCGUCGGCACCUUGUUAGCGUCGAGUCGAGUCCAACAUGCAAACGUGGCCUGUCGCGUUUUGGCCGCACCGAAACGUAAAGCACCAGACCCAAGUGCAGGAUCGCCACCAGACCACACUCGACAGAGCUCCAGUCUCCCGUUUGAUGCUGAGAUUCCCGACUGGACCCUUCCCUCUUCGCCUCAAGCUUGUGUCGGACAUCACUCGAGACUCCAUCUAUCCUUUUCUACGGCAUAUCAGCCAGUAGCUGUAUUUUCGCCAAACAUCACGUCUCCAUUGUUACAAGUCCGGAAACACAUCAACUCUCUGCGACUAACCAACCUCGCGUGCUUUCAUUGCAAGCACCCAAAGCCGAGUUCUUCGUCUGACGUUGAUGAGGCCGACACAAUACAUGCAACUGACGCCACCAGCCCCGUUAUCUUGUUCAAUCUUGGAAAGGUUGGGCUUUGCCAACCAAAUACUUACCACCCCUCCAGUGGCCUCAUCCAUAACGCCUCAUCCUUCCGGGACGACUCUUCCCGCCUCUUGUCCAGUCGAUUCGCCCAUUCUGCGGCUCUCUCUGCUUCCACAAGAGUCCACACACUCGUGGCUGAGUUGAACAAAUAG